AUGUCAUCUCCGAUCGGCUCUUACAAACCCACUCCCAGCACAUCGCAAGGAAGACCUAGAGAGAAGCCCACCUACGGGCGUUGUCAAGAGCUCUGGUUUGAGGACGGCAAUGUGAUUUUCCAAGCACAGCGCACGUUCUUCCGGGUCCAUCGCGGCGUCUUAUCGGCGAACUCGUCAGUCUUCCGAGAUAUGUUUUCGUUCCCGCAGCCCGCGACUGUAAACAUCGUGCCCGAGGUCGAGCUACAUGAUACAGCCAAGGAAGUCGAGCACUUCUUCAAGACCAUUUUCAUUGCAGGAUACUAUGACAAACGCUGCAAGAGCGACUUCGAGGUGGUCGCCGCCGUACUGAGGCUCAGCACUAAGUACGACGUCCCAAGUUAUCGCCAGCGAGCCAUUCGCCAACUAGCCCUCAUCUAUCCAACCACCUUGGACGGAUGGGAUGCUCGGAACAGACGUUCCGACCUCUACAGCGGCUUCAUCGAGCAAGCAGCUGCAGUCGUUGGGCUCGCACGAGAGACGCAUGUCCGCGCGCUGAUACCAUCUGCUAUGUAUACAUGCUGCGAGAUGGGUACGGGGCAUAUUCUCAAGGCGAAGGCGGAUCCCGCGAAGUCCAUACUCGGUCUAUCGAGCUACGAUCGGCGAUGUUGCCUUCUUGGCCGUCAAAAGCUCGUCACUGCUUGGAGAUCAGAGGUAUUUUCCAGAAGGUGUCUUACCCCAGAUCAGUUGGAUUUCUUUGCAUGGUUCGAAGGCCCGAAACAUGAGAUGUGCCAUGCAGCGAGGCUGAAGUGGCUAGCGCGAGAAGAUGUAUGGAAGAUGGCGUUUGGUACUGAAUGGUGCAAUCCCCUCCAAACAUUGUGGCCACAGACUGGGCUAGAAAUGUGCGCGGCCUGUGACGCUGCAUUCAUCGCGAAUCUCGAACACAUCAGAGAACAAAUCUGGGAGAAGCUACCUUCGCAUUUCGGGUUUUCGGACUGGACAACUGUACGAGAGGAACUAAAGGAGUGUUUACAGGAAGAGGAUUCUAGAGACUCCUAG